AGCAGCCUUCAUCGCGCAACACCCACCACCAUGUCCUUCUCAGUAUCUGCGCACGCGCCGCCUCCAUCCGACUCGGGAUCUGACACGGACAGCGACGACGGCCGCUGCUCCGACUGGGCGUCGUCCCUCGGCGAGGCACGCCGCACCAAGGACCUCUUCAGCGACAAGGUCCACUCGUCGCCCGAGGAGGCGCUUGCCGCCGCCAAGGCCGCCGGCUUUGACCUCGCUGCUACGAGCGAGCGCCUUGGCCUCGACCUGUACGCCCGCAUGCGCCUGAUCAACUUCAUCCGCAAGGGCGCUACCGUUGAGCAGGUCAACAAGCUCACUGCCGACGAUCUCAAGGACGACGCGCUGCUCGUGCCCGUCCUCGCGGACGACCCUCUCCUCCAGCUCGACUUUGACGACGACUGGUCCGACGACGAGGAGGGCCAGGUGUCCAUCGCCCAGCCUGCCAAGUCGCCCGCUGCCGCCGCCGCCAACAAGGAGCUCGAGGCGCUGCGUGCCGAGGUGGCCGCCCUCCGCCAUGUCGUCACCCGCGACCUUGAGGGCGACGAGACUGUCGACGUCAAGGGCAAGGGCAAGGAGAAGGCCAAGGAGCGCGACGACGACACCCACUACUUUGACUCGUAUGCCGAGAAUGGUGAGGAGCUGAAGUACCCGCCUGGUGCAGCUGUUGACACCACAGACAUCCACGAGAUCAUGCUCAAGGACACGACUCGUACGGUUUCGUACGCUCGCUUCAUCCUCUCCAACCCCAAGGUCUUCCAGGGUGCCAUUGUCAUGGACGUUGGUGCCGGCACGGGUAUUCUUUCAAUGCUCGCCGCCCGUGCUGGUGCCAAGCACGUCUACGCCAUCGAGGCGUCUGGCCUUGCCAGCAAGACGCGCGACAACAUUCGUAACAACGGCCUCGAGAGCGUCAUUACUGUCAUCCAGGGCAAGGUCGAGGACAUCACCCUCCCGGUCGACAAGGUCGACAUCAUUGUCAGCGAGUGGAUGGGCUACAUGCUCCUCUACGAAUCGAUGCUUGACUCGGUCCUCCACGCUCGUGACCGCUACCUCGCUCCCACUGGCCUCAUGGCCCCUUCGCAGACGCGCCUCGUUAUCGCCGCCAUCACUGGCAAGCGUAUCUGGCGUGAGCGCUUCGAGUUCUGGCAGAAGGUGUACGGCUUCGACAUGUCAGCCAUGACGACGCCAUACUGGAACGAGGGCCUGGUUGAGAUUGUCGACCGCGAGGAGGUGGUCACGUCCGAGGCCAUUGUCCGCGACAUCAACACGCACGACGCGACACCGGCGUCGCUCGACUUCCACUCGAGCUUCACCAUUGAGGCGACUGAGAAGGAGACGACGACGGUGCGCGCGUUCCUCACAUGGUUCGACACCUUCUUCUCGCCUCUGGGCGGCAAGGCCUCCCAGUUCGCGCCCGACCACCCGGUCCACAUCCAGGACUUUGCGGCCGACCUUUACGAGAAGGCUGUCGAGCCCGUCAACCAGGCCGAGGCCAACGCCGUGUCGUUCACAACUGGCCCCCGCGGCCAGUUCACUCACUGGAAGCAGGUCGCCUUCCUCCUCCGCGAGCCAUUGCAGCUCGCACCCAACCAGCGUAUCGAGGGACGGUUCUACUGCCGCAAGUCGCCAGACAACUCGCGCGAGCUCGACGUCGAGAUCCACUUUGCGGUCGCGGACGGACCCGAGUCGCCGGCCAACUUUACGGUUCAGGCGUUCAAGGUGCGAUAG